UCCUCCCCCUGCUGGAUUAUUCAACAGGUGCUGAGUCCCAUGUCGCCAUCUGCUAUAGAAAGAAAAACACUACGAAAUACUUUCCAAGGCACUUGAUGCGCGUUAUCAAUUAGGCGGCGAAAAUAGGUAAAUAAAUUCAAACGAAUAGUUAACAGGACACAAAGCAACUCGUGCAACAGGUACUGGGGGAUCCUGAAGAAACAGAAGACAAUAAAGCCAAACCGUCGCGCACAAAAAGAGGUUAGUGUAUCUCUAGAAUUAAGAAGAAUGGAGUGAAUUUUAUUAUUUCAGCAUGUAAAUGUAUCACACAUUUGCCUCUGAAACGGAUCGUCAUUGAACCCCGCUCUGUAAAGCGCCAUGAACUUUCCCAUAAAACUAACCCGCUGACGGAGAUGAUCUGAGCAUUUAGACAUACAAUGCUGACCCCAUACGCCGGGUGAACUAAUCGGGGUCAACGUAGAGAAGUAAAGGAAGGAGUCGGCCAACCUGCAGCCGCAGCGCAGCAAUGGUGGUGGAGGGCGAGAAGGCGCUGGUCGCAGCGAGACAGGGGGACGUGCAGUCCCUGAAAGUGCAAUUAGCUGCAAAAGUGCUCAACAGCGACGUCAAGGAUGUGCUGGGAGCUUCGCCCGUCCACCACGCAGCCCGGGCCGGGAAACUGACUUGCGUGCGCUUCUUGGUGGAGGAGGCAGGGCUACCAGGCAACUGCUUAGCGAACAAUGGGGCCACUCCGGCGCAUGAUGCAGCGGCUACCGGCAACCUGGCCUGCCUACAGUGGCUACUGACCCAGGGAGGAUGUCGGCCAGAGGACAGGGACAGCUCUGGAGCCACUGUUCUCCACCUCGCAUCCCGCUUCAGUCACCAUGAGAUCACUGACUGGCUGCUGAAGAGUGGCGAGGUGGACCCCGGGGUUUCUACUGACACAGGUGCCCUACCUGUUCACUACGCUGCUGCCAAGGGAGACCUGUCCUCUCUCCGACUGUUACUGGGUUACAGCCCAAAUGUUGUCAAUGCUCAAACUAAGAAUGGUGCCACACCGCUCUACCUGGCCUGCCAGGAGGGUCAUUUGGAGGUUGUCCAAUACCUUGUCAAGGACAGUGGGGCGGAUCCAAGCAUCAGGGCCAAUGACGGGAUGACACCUCUGCAUGCUGCUGCUCAGAUGGGCCAUAACACUGUCAUCGUCUGGCUGAUGAGUUUCACAGAGAUUAGCCUCACAGACAGAGACAGUGAUGGAGCCACAGCCAUGCACUUUGCAGCCAGUCGCGGCCAUGCAAAGGUGCUCAGCUGGCUGCUUCUGCACGGUGGAGAGAUUGUCACAGACAACUGGGGAGGGACUCCCCUUCAUGAUGCUGCAGAAAACGGUGAAUUAGAGUGCUGCCAGAUCCUUGUGGUCAACGGGGUGGACCUGGGCGUAAGGGACCAGGAUGGCUUCACAGGAGCAGACUUGGCUGAAUACAAUGGCCACUCCCAGUGUGCCAAGUAUCUGCGCACAGUGGAGAACAUGAGUGUGGAGCACCGUGUUUUGUCUCGAGACCCCUCGAUGGAUCUUGAGUACAAGCAGCCAGACUCUGGCCUUUCAUCCCCUAACACCACCAUGCCUCCUGCCAACCAGGCGGCACACUUUGACAUCGGGUCGCCAUCCAGCUCACUGUCCAACUACGACUCAGCCAACUCCAGCCAGUCCAGCACUGGGGAGAAGAGGACUAGUUUAACAAUGUCACGAGGACCACCUGCUCAGCUGAAUACAGUUGCACAUCAAGGUGCAUCAGAGUCAGGCAUUUCAGACAUGCAAGCAUACAUGGACAUGUUGAACCCUGACAUUGGCACCGAUGUGCCUAAGGAGAAUGAGAAAUCUAUCACUGCUGCCUCCAAGCCCCCUCCUCCUCCAUCCUAUCCACCCCCACCUCCACCACAGUCUCCCCCAGCACCCCCGCCGCCUCCAAGCUACCCAGCACCACAGCCCCCUCAGGAGCCUUCGUCGGCCGAGUUCCUCAAAGUGAAAAGCAAUCUGCGGCAUGUGGAAAGAAAAGCCAGCAAAAAUGAGCAGCUGACUCCGGGAGAAAACCACGAUAAAUUGCGGCGUGUGGAUUCAAACAGGAAGUCAAGGAGCUUCAGCAAGCAGCCCAGCACUGGGGACUACUACAAGACCCUGGGCAACGACACGGCCGAGCCCCGUGGGAGCAAAGGCAUGGCGCCCAACGAGGAGGGUUCCGUGUUAUUGGAGGAACCCACCGACAGUCCCACCCAUAGCUCUGAAAAUGGCGCCACAGAGGAGUCUGUCCCACCACCACCUCCACCUCCUCCGCCACCCCCUCCUCCUCCUCCUCCUCCAAGCAAUGCAUUGCCAACACCCCCUCCACCUCCUCCACUACCCCCAGGAACACAAAUCGCCCAGAAUAAUGCCAGUAGCACCUCCGCCCAACAGCGACGCCCAUCUUCCUCAUCAGGAAGCACAAAAUCUUUCAACAUGAUGUCCCCCACUGGUGACAACUCAGAGCUGCUGGCAGAGAUCAAAGCAGGAAAGAGCCUUAAACCCACACCGCACAGUAAAGGCUACACCACUGUGUUUUCCAACAGUGGACCCACAGGCAACAAUGGGACCACCACAUCCCCAGAGACUCAGUCAUCUACCCCACCAGCCAAACCAUCAUCCCCGCCACAGCCCAGUACACCUGUUACCUCCCCACCAGCCACUCCAAGCCCCAGCCCCAGUCCCAGUCCCACUGGCUCUAGAACCAUGUCAACCUCAGCAAGCUACGAGCAACUGUCCUGCAGCUCUGCAGUCAAUGGGAACGACAGUGGUGGAAAAGCACAGGCAGAGUCAGGAAGGAAGACCAGCCUCGCAGAUGUCGAGGCACUAGUGCCGACUCACGAUGAGCAGGGAAAAGCCAUCCCUGAAUGGAAGAGGCAGGUUAUGGUGCGAAAGCUUCAGGCCAAGAUGCAAGAGGAAGAAGAGUACAAACGCAAGGCUGAAGAAGAGGCUGCACGCCUGGCAUCAAUGCCAGCAUGGAGGAGAGACAUGAUGAAAAAGAAAAUGGAUGAAGAGAGAUGUGACAGGGAACAAAAAAGAAAAGCCGAACAGCAGGCCAAACAGGCGAAGGAGAAAGAGGAAAAGACGGAGCUGGAGCGACUACGGACCAUGGGCUAUGAUGAGACCAAACUGGCCCCCUGGCAGCGGCAGAUAAUUCUGAAGAAAGGUGACAUAGCCAAAAAGUGAACGGGAUAAUUUCCCCACCCACUGCCCUGCAGUGUUCCUCACCCUCAUCCACUUAACCCAAUGCUCUCUCUUCCUCAUCCUCUGUCCCACACCGUACAACAGAGAGCGAGUAAGAGCUCAUCUCCCCUGAACUCUGCUGUGUCAUUCUUCAGCCUCCAGUAGCACAGGCCCACGCUGUGGUUGCUGCUGUCCACACAGGCUCUGAGGCUCAGCUUUGGUGAAUGAUCCUCCAUCUCCCACAAAAAAAAACAUCUCAUGGUCUUGGUCUUUCAGCACAAACAUUCCAGCAUGCACUGACUCUGUAAAGGCAUUUGUUAUAAAUGCACAUGUCCUGAACUGAAUUAAGAUCACAUGUAGUAUCUUACUACUUUCCUGCAAAUCACUAGAAGAUAAUUCAUGUACCAGAUUUGAUAGGCUUGUGGUAGAUUUAAAGAAGCUGCUUGUGAGUUUAUUAUUGCAUUUAUAUGAUCCCUCUGUUAAAUCCACUUGCCAUUAUGUACCAAAUGGAAAUAGCUCCAAAAAGUGGUGUCAUCUAAAAAUGUACUCAGCAAAGGCUUGUUACAUCAUGAAGCAGCUAAUACAUCCUUUAUGUUCAUAGUGUCACUUCUUUAUCAGGUCUUAGUCAUGACAUUUUUGUAUCCAGCUCAUAGAAGCAUUUUCUAGGCUCCAUUUUACUGCCAGAUGUUCUUUUAGUGAACCAAUCUUAACAAAGCUCAAACUGAUCGGUUUUCUUUAGUUAGGCCAUUUUUAAUUUCUCUGUUAUUUGAAAUAUUGACACAUAUCCUAUUUUUAAACAAUGCAAAGAUUAUGUAGAUGUGUGAAUUGAAUUUUAUUCAUAUUUGCUGAAAAGAAACUAAAAUUCCAAUUUAAUGGCUCAAAAUGUGACGAGUGUUAAGCUAGUGUGAAAAUGAAAUGUGUGCAUGUGUUGAGUACUGAGCAUGUUUUGGUGAAAUAUUAGGCAUACUGGGUUUUAAAAAUGAAAGCAAUGAAAAACAAGGAAAAGCAAAGAAGCACGAAACAUGUAAAAUCCUGCUAUUUUUCUUUAACAAAAACAAAACAUGUGCAUCAGAAGAGCUGCAUUUUAGAUCAGGUUUCUUAUCUGUGCACUAAAUAUUGCAAUAGUCACAAAUAACAUUAGUUUGUUCUGUGUCCAAUUCCGGUUUGUGUCCCACUAACCUGGAGGAUAAAUCUUUGAUGAGCAGAUCCGCUUACACAUUGUAGAGCGCUCUCUGUCUGCAGCAGAUAGGCAUAUAAAAAUAUCCUGUUCCCUAAAUAUUACCAGUUAGUCUUUGGUAAUGGUCUGCUUCAGUACUCAACUGCUCUUGGUUGAACUUCUGAUUGUAAAUGAGAUGAACAAGACUUAUACAAUGUACUGUAUAAUUCACUUUAGACAUUCAGGGAGAAUGUUUUUUUUUUUUCAUAACAGACCUAACACAAAUACAGGCAAAUUAUUAUAUGGCUUUCACUUUUUCUGUGCUCAUUCACUUUCUAGAUUUUCAAGUCAUCUUGGUAUUCAUUAAUAAUUCAGGAUAGUUUCAUCCACUUAGAGCUCAUUAUGAAAAUGUGGCAAAUGCACUGUAAAUAUCUGGAGACAGAUUUUAAGUUUUACUUGUGCAUGAAUCAGUGCAUUAACGUUUAAGAGUACACUUACUCUUUGUAAUCAUGACCAAUUAGUCCUACCUUGUGUUGGUAAAUAUUCUGUUUGCUUUCAAGCUGUUUGAUGCCCAUUUGAACAAAAAUAAGACAGAACUCCUUGAAAGACAUGGGCCUGAUUGAUCAUUUGGAACUAUUCAUAUUUUCUUCUCAUCUGAUGCCAUAUAAUAUUAAAAUUAAGACUGAUAUAAGUAUCAUUGCCAUUUAAUUAUAUAUAUAUAUAUAUAUAUAUAUAUAUAUAUAUAUAUAUAUAUGUAUAUAUAUAUAUAUAUACAUACAUACAUACACAGAUAUUGUAUAUAAAAACCCUCAGAAUUUAGUCAUUUCAUUAUUUCCAUAUUGCAUUAUGAGUCUCAGCCUUGUUUGGAUAGAAUGCUUAAUCUUGUACAAUAAUAUUUUCAGACUGUUAAAGAUUAAGAUAAUAAAUUUAAUCAAGAAACCUGA